GUUCACAGUACACUAAUCACAGUUCAAAUAGAUCUAGCACAGCUGUUAAUUUAGUUUGAAACAAUGGGAUCCAAGAUAUUCGCUGCACUGGUAUGUUGUAUCGCAUUGGUGGUGGUCAGUGCCUUACCACACGGUCAUCAUGGACAUCAUCAUGGAGGUCACAGUGCUUCCAGUCACGCUUCGGUGCAUUUAGUCUCACACGACGAUCAUCACGAUGAUCACGGUCACCACGGUCAUCACGGUCACCACGGUCAUCAUGGACACGGACAUGGACACGAUGAUGGUCAUGACUCACACGCUGAGUAUCACUUCAAUUACGGCGUUAAGGAUACGAAGACGGGUGAUAUCAAAGAGCAGAGUGAACACCGUGAUGGUGAUAAGGUGUCCGGACAUUAUGAACUGAUUGAAGCGGACGGCCAUAAGAGAACUGUGCACUAUACGGCUGACAAGCAUAGUGGUUUCCAUGCCGUCGUGCACCGUGAGCAGACACACCAUCAUGUAGCUGAUCAUGGACACACCAGCUACCAUGGUGGACACGCCGAGGUUGAAUCGCACGAUGAUGGUGGGGAUGGUGGUCAUGGCCACGGUCAUGACUCUGGACAUGGUCACGAUCAUGGUCACGGUCAUUCCAGCGGCUUCUCAAUCAAACAAGACCAUGGUGUUGCUAUCCAUCAUCACGGUGGAGAUGGUGGGGAUGGUGGUCAUGGCCACGGUGAUGAUUCUGGACAUGGUCAUGAUGAGGAUGCCUCCCUACCAUAUAGCCGAACGGUAAUGAUGAAGGACAUAUAG